AUGCCUCUAAUGUUGUACUUAAUUUCAACCCCCAAGUCCAUAGGGGCACUAUUGGUCCAAGAUAUAGAUGGAGCAGAACGCCCGGUGUAUUACAUCAGCCGGAAGAUUCGAGGAGCAGAAGUCCGAUAUACUCCAGUAGAGAGACAUUGUUUAGCUUUGGUAUUCACCACCCAAAAGCUCAGACAUUACUUCUUAGCACAUCAGAUUCAGAUUGUUACUAGAAGUGAUCCAAUCCGAUACCUCCUCAGCAAGUCUGCUCUAACCAGGAAGGUGGCAAGAUGGUUGUUAGCACUGGGUGAAUUCGAGAUCACAUGUGUAGCCCCCAAGGCAAUCAAAAGCCAAGCUUUAACUGAUCUCCUUGCUCAAUUUCCAAGUGGUGACUAUGAACCAGUGAAUGGAGAAGUAAGAGGAGAAGUGCAUGCAGCUAUGGCUUCCGAGGAAAGCUUUUGGACAUUGAGCUUUGACGGAGCAACAGCCGGAGGUAAAAGAGGAACCGGGAUAGUCCUUACAAGUAAAAGUGGGGAAAAGUUUUAUUUAUCUUAUAAACUGGAUUUCCAUUGUUCGAAUAAUGAAGCCGAGUAUGAAGCUCUUAUGUUAGGCUUGAUAGCAGCUGAGAAGCACAGUAUCAAGAAGAUUCAGAGGGACUCAAAGUUGAUAGUGAAGCAAGUUUCAGGACAGUUCAUUUUAAAAGAGCCUGCCUUGGCCACAUAUCGAACAAUAGCCCAACGGCUUCUUGACAAAUUUCAGAAGGUUGAAAUAGAGCAUGUGCCUCGUUCCGACAACAAGUUUUCAGAUGCCCUCGCAACAUUAGGGGCAAGAGUUGAUAUCCCAGAGGAGGAGGCGACAAUUAUUAUCAAGAAAAGAAUAGAGCCUUCGAUAAUACCUGAAGACAAAGGCCUUCCGGAGGACUGGAGAGAAGAAGUCCUCGAAUAA